GUCUGACCACUGGAAAGGGAUCAGUGGGUUGAUGAAUGGUGGGUGCUGAAUGGGCUGAUUUGACUGGACUAGCAAGCAGUCUUUAAGGUUCACUUUGCUAACAAAUGCUUCCUCUGAUUAAGCCAACUCCAGAAGUGCACUGGGAAAGGAUGGACGGCCCUCUCUCUCCCGCCCGAGCCAAGAAGCUGAACUACGACCGCUGGCUUCAGAUCGAGAACGUGUCGGAGGUGGAUGAUGGCGAGUACACGUGCAUUGCCCAAAACAGCCAGGGUUCCAUUAAACAUCACUACGCUGUCACAGUGGAGGCUGCUCCUUACUGGAACAAGUGGCCUGCCGACCACCUGUAUGCCCCAGGAGAGACCGUGAGACUGGACUGUCAGGCUGAAGGGAUACCCACCCCAAAUGUCACGUGGAGCAUCAACGGUGUUCCUAUCACAGAGACGGAUUCGGACCCGAGACGGUAUGUGAGUUCUGGUACACUGAUCCUGACUAACGUUCAGUACAGCGACACAGCGGUAUAUCAGUGCGAGGCCACCAAUAAACACGGCAAUAUCCUGGUCAACACACAUGUCCAUGUAGUUGAACUGCCUCCUCAGAUCCUGACGGCAGAUGGGCUUGUGUACAAGGCCACAGAAGGCCAAAGGGUUCUACUGCAGUGCAAAACAUUUGGCUCCCCACAACCCAAAAUCGACUGGGAGAUUUUGGACUCUGGUCCAGCUCUGGCCAAUGCUAAAAUGUCUCAGACAAGUGAUGGAAAUCUUCAGAUCAGUGACGUGAGUGAAGAUGACAGCAACAUUUACACGUGCUCAGUGAGACACAGCAACAUCAGCAUCAGUGCUGAGCUGCAGGUCUUGAACAGAACUAAGAUUGUGGACCCUCCCCAGGAUCUACGGGUUUUACGUGGAAAUGAUGCUGUUUUACACUGCAAAUUUACAGUGGACCGCAAGUUAAAACAACCCACGAUUCAGUGGAAGAAGGACAAACACAAGAUCACAUCUUCUGCUAAUGAUGACAAAUACAGUGAAUACUCCGACGGCUCUCUGAAGAUCACUGACGUUCAGAUGGAGGACUCGGGAAGCUACAGCUGUGAGAUCAGCACUAAACUGGACUCGGUCAGCGCCACCGGCUCCAUCACCGUGCUGGAUAAGCCUGCUUCUCCUCACUCUCUGGAGUUGUCUGAAAAGAAGGAGCGUAGUGUCACGCUGUCCUGGAUGCCAGGCGCUGAAAACAACAGUCCUGUAUCUGAGUAUGUCAUUGAGAUGAAAGAGGAGCAGAAUCCAGAAAAAGGCCCGUGGGAGGAGUACAAUAGAGUUCCUCCAGAUUUCAGACACCUGGAGAUCCACCUGCAGCCGUACGGAACAUACCACUUCCGGCUCAGAGCUGUUAAUGGCAUAGGAAGCAGUGAGCCCAGUCCUCCCUCAGAGUCAUAUAGCACCUCAGCAGCCAUACCUGACAUUAAUCCAGAGAAUGUGACGACGGUGUCUACUGAUCCAAACAGUAUGGUCAUUACAUGGAAGGAACUGGAGCAACGCCAGUUUAAUGGACCAGGAUUUAAGUACAAGAUCUACUGGCGUCAAGCUUCAGACAGAGGUCCACACUGGAAGGAAGGCAGCGUCUCGCAUCCUCCGUUCAUCGUGAACAACACGGGGACCUUCAUCCCCUUUGAGAUUAAAGUUCAGGCAGUCAAUGAACUUGGUGCAGGACCAGAACCAGUUGUUAAGACUGGCUACUCAGGGGAAGAUGUACCCCUGGAAGCUCCUUCAGAGGUGGAAGUGACUGAGCUGAACAAAACCGCUGUCCUGGUAAGAUGGAGUCCAGUCAGCAUGGAAUCUGUCCGCGGACACUUACUUGGCUACAAGAUCCAUCUGCGAAAGAAAGGCCCCAGAACUCACAGCCGAAGAAGCUUGCCAAUGCACGUGCCAGCGGCGGACAAGUACAGAGUAAUCAAGGUUUUAGAAAAUAAAGUGAAGACGGUCGUGAGCGACUUGCAGUUUUACUCGAGCUAUACCCUGACAGUUGCACCUUUUAACAGCAGAGGUGAAGGUCCACAUUCGAAGGAGUAUCACUUCACCACUCCAGAGGCCGCUCCUGGACCAGUUUCAUUUGUGAGCUUCGAGAGCCCUUCAGAGACAGAGAUGACCCUGCGAUGGGAGGCUCCAGAAAAGCCCAACGGAGAGCUCACAGGCUACCUGCUGCAGUACUACGAAACUGUGCCUGGAAUUUUGAGCCCACAACAAGUGGAAUCCAUCGAUCUGCCCCUUGUUACUGAGUUCACACUGAAGGGUCUGAAUCCUCAGAUUCUAUACCACUUUGAACUUAGAGCACGCACCGCUGCUGGUGACGGGGAACCUAUAGUAAUGGAGGGCGCCACCUUGCUGGAUGGAGAACCACCAUCUGCAAUCAACAUAACUGCUGGACAAACAUCGGUUAAUGUCAGUUGGGUGCCAGGAGAAAGACAGCGUAACUUUGCCUUUAGCUUCCAUUACCUGAAAAAAAGUGCGGGUGGUGAAUGGGAAGAGUCGGAGAAGGUCAACUCCUCGCAGGCGUUCUAUCAGCUGCAGGGUCUGACACCGGGUGUUCAAUACCACCUGCUGAUCCGGCCCGGAAACUAUUCCUGGGAAUUCAAAACGGCUGGACCAGAGCUGCACGAGUUGCCCAGCAGCUUUGUGACUCAGGGCUGGUUCAUCGGACUCAUCAGCGCCAUAGUUUUACUGCUGCUGGUGCUGCUCAUUCUGUGCUACAUCAAGAAGAGCAAAGGAGGGAAGUAUUCAGUAAGAAAUAUAAAAGAGGAAGAUCAGGUCAAUGCUGGGCCCCACACAAUGAAAGAUGGAGAAUUUAAAGAGUACAGAUCUCUGGAGAGUGAUAACGAGGAGUGCGCCAUCGGUCAGCGGUCAGUCUGCGAGAGCGAACGCAACAGCAACGACAGUCUAGCCGACUACGGAGACGGUGUCGACAUCCAGUUUAACGAGGACGGCUCCUUCAUCGGCCAGUACAGCGGACACAGAGAUCCAAACGGUCACGGCAGCUCAGGUGCCACGUCUCCCAUCAAUCCCACCAUGCUUCCACCCAGCAUCAGCUUUCCCACAUCUGUGACAGGAUUCCUGGGGCCAAACUAACACUCGACCACCACACGCACACAUCCUUGACCAUUUGAAUGACGAGGCUCUGAUGGUAUUAGACAGGAUACUGAUUUCAGGACAGACAGUCAUUAUAUAUGUAUAAUGACUUAUAUAAUGAAUUAUAUAAUAUAUGACGCAAGAAACAUCAUUUGCAAACACCACUGGCUUCACUCUCACAUAAUAAUGACUCACAUGCAUUCGACAGACACGAAUAACCUGCAGGACAGUUGCUUCUAACAUUCCAUCCAUGCACUGAAAACUGUUUACAAUAUGCUCACCUCGCUUGUUUAGACGCUGUAGUCAGUAUUUCAGUCAGUACAGGCUAAGAUGCAUUUCCAGAAAAGUCAGACGAAAGAUACAGCAAAACAAAGCGAUUUUGCUGCCUCUCUGAACAAUGCCUUAUGUAGAAUACAUCAGCUGAAAUCAGUGCAGUCAACAGAAGUCAGGUCUGAAAGCCUUUUACUAUUCAUUAUUAUUUGUAGGCAUUCUUUUCCCAUUCACGAUUACAAAACGUGAAAAUCAUUUAAAGUACUGUUUUUGUAUUAUUCUUAUACAUUUUCUUACUUUUUUUUUUAAAUAUAUGAAAUACAUGUAUGUACAUCUUUUUUUUCUUUUUCCAUAAAUGCUAAUAUAUAUUUUAGAUCAUGUUUAUAUUUAUUACUAUUACUUUUUUUUUUUUUUUGCUUGUAAUGCAUUUAUCUUUAUGAAUUCAUGUUUUAUAAUACCUUAUGUAUAAACAUUAUUUAUCUGCCAUGUGUGUCUCUCUGUCUUAAUAAUCAAAGUUCAGGGCUUUUAACUGUAGCAUUUGUAUUGUUGUGUUAUCCAAGCAAGUUUUUAAAAUAAUGGUGUUUUUAAUGCAAUUUAUUAUGUUAAAUCCCUUUGAAGUACAUACAGCCACAUUUUGUGAUCUUGUCACUAACAUAUAUUUAUAAAAGAAAAAACAACAUCGACAAAAGGAUUUCCUGCAGCAAAUAACAGCAUGAGAUGUAGUUGAUAUAGUUGUUCUGCUGUAACGCUGAGGCCAAACCCCGGCCGGCAGAGUCGGAGAACUGCUGUGCUCCAGUGUCUGUGUCAUCAGUCUUUCCGCUUGCAAAUACUAACGCUCAAACAUUGCUAAUUAUGUACAGUGAAUUAUUACUAACAAUAACAGUCAUACAGUAUAAUCUAUCACACAUUUGUCUCAUGUUAUCAGUUGUUCUUUCUAGUGCAUGCAUUCAUUGAAAUAAAUGAAGUUGGGCUGUUCCUGUCUGAAGACUUUUAUGAGCUGAUGGCAGCAUAUGCUGCAGGGCAGGCAAAUAGACACAAACUACAAAAGAACAAAUUGAUGGUUCAUAUUCUGAAAGCAAGUCAUCUUUUACAACAAUAUUUUUUUAUUCUUUUUUUUUCACCUUUGAGAUAUUUAUUACAGUUGCAUUUAUACCAUAUUCAUGGUCUCAUGCUCAGUUAGAGAUUUAGUGUUUUAGAGCAUUUUCCUCUUAUUAUUAUGAUUUAUCUGGUCUGGGAGGAGCAGUGAUGAUGUCAUGAUGGGCCAACCAACCUGAAGACAUUUGUGGGUUGAAACUUCAUUUGAUUUUAUAAUAGAAGAAGUAGUAAUUAGGACUGUGAGGUAACUGUAACCUCAUCUGUCUGAUUUCACAGUUGCCACUCAUACAGCAUCCUGUAUUGUACUGAUUAAAGUCAUGCUGCAAACGCCUGGUUAAAAUCAGAUUACUGGGAAUAUUUACAACAAAUGUAUGUAAGAUUAUGUAGACUGUGUAAGCCUUAAAAUCUAUUUUCCUACAAAAAGGACUUGAGUAAAAGGGGUGGAAUUGCAGUACAUGGCUGUGAAGGAGCUAAAGCGAUCCUACAUCGUAAAGCACGUCACCAUCCCUCCAAGCUCUGUGGGAUAUCUCCAUAUUGUAUGUAAGCUACUUCUUCCCUCUGCUUUCUUAUUUGUAAAUCGAAACACUAACAUGACAAUAAAAAUGUAGUGAGAGUGGUAUUUCAAAUGA